AUGAAGUUUCUUAUUCUUUCGGUAGCGCUUAGAUGGGGAAACUGCCAAUAUGCGGAUCAAUCAAAAAUGACAUUGGCAGAGAAGCAUGCUUACUGGGACGAACUUCUCGAGAUCCGAAGAUUACGAGAUAGAGAUCCGACUACACUUGAAAUCGGCGAAGUUGCUGUGCUGGCUCAAUAUUAUGAAGAUAUCAGAGACUGGAUCCACCGCAACAAGUCGCCAGAGGAGAUGGACAAAUUCUACGAGCGUCUGAACAAGCGUAAGACUAAGAUGCUGAACGAUGCGGAAGAAAAGCGAGAAGUCUACCGAGAGCGGAUCAGAAAUGUGACUGAAACACUCGCUGAAACCGAAGACGAGUGGGAGUUCCAGCAAGUAUGGGAUGCCGUCUACCCAGAGAAGAUUCCUGGAAGCAUGAGAGCAUCAAAAUCAGAGUGGAUGCUCAAACAAGACUUUCGAAAACGUGCAGAAGAGCUGAAAAAAGAAGAGCAAAAAAGUAAAGGUGAAACAUACAAACCGUCGUUCUUGAUGAAUGAAUAUCGCAACGAGUAUCCAGAAGAAGCAUACGCGCAGGAAGCUGAGGAUGAGCUUUUUGAUGCGCAUGAGCAUCUGUUUGAAGAAUCAUACGACUCAUUCGGCGAUUAUGGCGAUAUUUAUGGAUCAAGCCACUACGAAAAGUACCAAAACAGUCAAUACAACGAUGCCGUCUAUCAAGAUCCAGAAGACGAGGAAGAAGUUAUGGCCGAAGAAGCUUGA